UCCUGUUGCUGACUGGUUGGCAGCCCUGCAAGUGGAAAUAUUCUGAAUGCAGCAGCCAUGGCCUCAGGAAAUAACCUGAUGGAGAAGCUCCAAGACGAAGUGUCCUGCUCCAUCUGCCUGGAGUAUCUGAGGGACCCUGUGACCAUCGACUGCGGGCACAACUUCUGCUGUGUGUGCAUCACUGACUAUUGCGAGAGGUGGGAGGGCUCCACGACUGAGGUGUUCUUCUGCCCUCAGUGCAGAGGAGGGUUCCUUCAGACCACGUUUAGGCCCAACAGGCAGCUGGCAAACAUUGUGGAGGGCAUUGAGCAGUUGGCACUGCAGCCAGGCAAGGAACCCAAGGAGAAGCUGUGUGAGAAGCAUGGCAAGAAGCUGCGUCUCUUCUGCGAGGAUGAUGGGGAGGCCAUUUGCCUGGUGUGCGACAAGUCCCGGGUGCACCGCUCCCACACUGUGAUCCCCAUCGAGGAGGCUGCCCAGGACUACAAGAUGAAACUGCAGGAAGCUCUGGAUCUUUUGAGACAAGUGAUGGGAGAGAUUGCAAAGCUCCAGGCCCAAGAGGGGAAGAAAACCGCCCAGUGGAAGGAGAAGGUGAGGGAGCAGAAAAAGCUCAUUGUAGCUGAGUUUGCCAAGCGCCAUCGGGCUCUAGAAGAGGAAGAGCAGCUGCUUGUGUGCAGGCUGGAGGAGGAGGAGGAGGAGACUCUGCAGAAGCUUCGGGGGAAUGCGACGUUCCUGGUAGAGCAGAGCUCUAGCCUGGCCCAGCUGAUAACGGAGAUCGAGCAGAAGUGCCAGCAGCCAGCCACUGACCUGCUCAAGGAUGUGAAAAGCACGUUGAUCAGGAGCCACAGUGUGAAGCUUCAGGAGCCAGAGGCCGUUCACAUGGAGCUACAGGAUUCCUAUGAGGUCCCCAGGGUGAUGGAAACACUGCAGAAAUACGGAGGGACCUUGGGCAUUGGCAGCACCUCGGUCUCUUCUCUUCUCUGCCUGUGGCCCACAACAAUGGAGUCUCCUGGGGACUGGAAUGCUUUGGUCUGACUGAAAUCAUUGGGCUGUUUUAGACAUGUUCUUAGUGUCCAAACUGAGAAAUAAAAUCUCCCUUUGUAUAAACAGUGUGGUUGUGUUCUCUGCUUCCAGAAGAGGCAGACCUUUAAUUGCUUUUGUGACCAUGUCGAUGGCCUGACAAGUGCCCCAGUGCACUUCUGAAAAGCCUAUCUACUCUUCCUACCCAACAAAGAUGGUUUGGGUGGAAUGAACCCUUCAUUGCCUAUGAGGAGUGAUUAAUAAGACUGGGACUUUUCAGCUUGGAAAAGAGACGACUAAGGGGAGAUAUGAUAGAGGUCUAUAAAAUCAUGACUGGUGAGGAGAAAGUGAAUAAGGAAGUGUUAUUUACUCCUUUUCAUAACACAAGAACUAAGGGUCACCAAGUGAAAUUAUGAGGCAGCAGGUUUAAAACAAACAAAAGGAAGUAUUUCUUCACACAACAGUCAACCUGUGGAACUCCUUGCCAGAGAAUGUUGUGAAGGCCAAGACUAUAACGGGGUUCAAAAGAACUAGGUAAGUUCAUGGAGGAUAGAUCUUAAGAGGCAUAAGAACAGCCACCAACAACUAUUAGCCAGGAUGGGCAGGGAUGGCAUCCCGAACCUCUGUUUGCCAGAAGCUGGGAAUGAGCGAUAAGGGAUGGAUCACUUGAUGAUUACUGGUUCUGUUAAUUCCCUCUGGGGCACCUGACAUUGGCCACUGACAGAAGACAGGAUACUGGGACAGAUGGACCACUGAUCUGACCGAGUAUGGCCGUUCUUAUGCCUCCUAAGAUCUAGUGGCCCCUUAUAGCCUGACCUAGUUAUCACAGCCCAAAAAUUUCACUGUUACCCCCAUAUCAAGCCGAGUAACCUGUUUGACUAAAGCAUCUUCCAAAAGGCCUCCAGGCUGGAUUUGAAGACCCAGCCCAAGAGAAGGAUAAUCGAUCCCCUUCCCCUGUGUCUGUCUGCUUUCACCUUCAGAUACAGCUUCUUGCUCUAACUUUCUCCUCUAGACUGAAGAGCCUUUUAGAUCCCAGUAUUUCUCCCAAGGGAGGUACUCCGAUACCUCUCAAUUGUGUUGAUAAACUGAACAGCCUGAGCUCCCUGGGUCUCACUGGAAGGCACUGAAGGCAUUCUCCAGCCCUUGAACCAUUUCUAAACCCCUUUCUGCACCCUCCUUAAUUUUUCAACACUUAUUUAAAUUAGGGCUCUCAGUUAAUUGCAGUUAAGUCCCACAAUUAAUUGCAAUUAAGUGCACUGUUAAACAAUAGAAUGCCAAUUGUAACAUAUUAAACAUUUUGGAUGUUUUCCUACACUUUCAAAUAUAUCAAUUUCAAUUACAACAUAAUACAAAGUAAACAGCACUCUAUUAUUUUUUAUUACAAAUAUUUGCUUUGUAAAAAUGAUGGAAAAAAGAGUAUUUUUCUAUUCACCUCAUACAGGUACUGUACUGCAAUCUCUUUCUCAUAAAAGUGCAACUUACAAAUGUUAUUGGGGUUUUUUGUUGCAUAAUUGCACACAAAAACAAAACAAUGAAAAACUUUAGACCCUACAAGUCCACUCAGUCCUACUUCUUAUUCAGCCAAUUGCUAAGAGAAAGAAGUUUGUUUACAUUUACAGGAGAUAUUGCUGCCCACUUCUUAAAUACAGUGUCACCUGAAAGUGAAAACAGGCAUUCAAAUGGCAUUGUUGUAGAUGUCUGUGAUGCUCUGUACCUCAGAGGAACAUCCUACAUCCCCAUGUUCAUCUUUAUAAAAUGAUUACGUGGUAUCCAAUGCAAAGUUUGUCAUGUUGGGUGUCUUCAGAAGGCUCAGAAUGCACUGAGCAUGUUUGUUACAGUAAUGUUAUAUUAAGUAUAAUAUAACAUUAUACUUAAUACUAUCUACUCUUCCUACCCAACAAAGAUGGUUUGGGUGGAAUGAACCCUUCAUUGCCUAUGAGGAGUGAUUAAUAAGACUGGGACUUUUCAGCUUGGAAAAGAGACGACUAAGGGGAGAUAUGAUAGAGGUCUAUAAAAUCAUGACUGGUGAGGAGAAAGUGAAUAAGGAAGUGUUAUUUACUCCUUUUCAUAACACAAGAACUAAGGGUUCUUUAAGGGUUAUAAUUUCAUGUUUCUAGUUAUGCGGCUGAAAAUGUAUCCUCAUGGCUUAAAGCAAGCCCGUGCAAAAACAUGAACAGAGAGGCAGUUCGCACCUUGUGAGGGCAAGGAUGGGACCAGCCCAGCCCAGCCUCACAGGAACAAUGGAUAAUAGCUCAGGCAGCAACAAAAUAAUCUGUUAGACCAGGGAUCUCAAACUCAAAUCACCAGGAGGGCCACAUGAGGACUAGUACAUUGGCCCGAGGGCUGCAUCACUGACAGCCCCCCUCUUCCACAAGGCCCCGCCCCUUCCCCAACCCCAUUCCAACCCCUUCCCUGAAUCCCCACCCCUGCCUCGCCUCUUCUCCGCCUCUUCCUCCGAGUGCACAGCUCCCUGCUCCUCCCCACUCCCUUCAGGAAAGC